UUCCGCCCAGUGUUUUGAGUUGUGUUUUACUCCACCUCCCGGCCUGGAGCUGCAGCUGCGCCCCAGCGGACCAAAGCAGCAAAGAUGGAGAGCCCAAGCCUUGGGGACAACAAUGUCCCCUCCGUCACCGCUGGAAAGAGCCUAGUUUCAGACCCUCCUUGGGACCGCUGGCAAGAAGACGUUGCUGUCGGACUGGGAGGAGUGGGUGAAGAUGGAAAGGACCUGGUGAUAAGCAGUGAGUGUGGCUCCCUUCUCCAGGAGCCCGCUGCUUCUACUCUGCCUAGUUGUGCUGCAGUGGCAGAAUGCCACAAGCCUGUCCCCUGCGGGUGGGAAAGAGUUGUGAAGCAAAGGUUAUCUGGGAAAACUGCAGGAAGAGUUGAUGUAUACUUCAUCAGCCCACAAGGAUCAAAGUUCAGAUCAAAACGUUCACUUGCUAAUUAUCUUCUCAAAACUGGAGAGACUUGUCUUAAGCCUGAAGAUUUUGAUUUUACUGUACUGUCUAAAGGGGGCAUCAAGCCAGGUUAUAAACACCAAAGUUUGUCAGCUCUAGCGUCCCAGCAGCCAAAUGAAGCUGACAUUUCAAAGCUAAACCUCAGGACACGAAGCAAGUGGAAAACAGAUGUGUUGCCUCUGCCCGGUGGUAAUUCAGAGUCUCCAGAUAGCAACAGCCUGUCCAACUCUAACUCUGCCCGUUUGCUAUUGAAAGAACAUAAGGGCAUUCAGGAUGCUGACUCUGGGAAGAGCAGAAAGCCCAAAAUAAAGGUGACUGUUUUGAAAGGAAUUGCAAGUCAGAGAACCAAACAAAGGUGCAGGAAGAGUCCCUCGGAUUCUACUGGAAGAAACAGAAAAAGACUAUGUACAGUUCAGAAAGCAGAUACUGAUAGCGAGCUAGUUCCACAGGAAAGUCAACUCCACAGAACUGUCUGCCCUGCAGACGCCUGUGCAAGGGCGACUGUCAGCCUGGUUAGGGAAGCAAAGGGCCUGGGAGAGGAAAAAUCACCAAGCUCGGAUCUUCGUUUCACACAAGUAACUUCUAGCAUCACAAACAAAUUAUAUUCAACUGAAGCAGCAGGUGAAGCAACACGUGAGCAGACCUUUUUAGAAUCAGAGGAAAUCAGAUCGAAGGGAGAAGAGGAGGAGGCACAUUUGCAUAUUGACAUUUUACAGAGUGGCUCUGAAACACCCAGCUGCUCACAAGCCAAGAAACACUUGACUUCUGAGACAUUUCGAGAAGACAGCAUCCCACGAACACAGGUAGAAAAAAGGAAAACAAGCCUGUAUUUUUCCAGCAAGUACAACAAAGAAGCUCUUAGCCCCCCAAGACGCAAAGCCUUCAAGAAAUGGACCCCUCCUCGGUCACCUUUCAAUCUUGUUCAAGAAACACUUUUCCAUGAUCCAUGGAAGCUCCUCAUCUCAACUAUAUUUCUCAAUCGGACCUCAGGCAAGAUGGCCAUCCCCGUGCUGUGGGAGUUUCUAGAGAAGUACCCUUCAGCUGAAGUGGCCCGGACUGCUGACUGGAGGGACGUGUCAGAACUUCUUAAGCCUCUUGGUCUCUAUGAUCUCCGUGCAAAAACCAUCAUCAAGUUCUCAGAUGAAUAUCUGACAAAGCCGUGGAGGUAUCCGAUUGAGCUUCAUGGGAUUGGUAAAUAUGGCAACGACUCCUACCGGAUCUUUUGUGUCAAUGAGUGGAAGCAGGUGCACCCUGAAGACCACAAGUUAAAUAAAUACCAUGACUGGCUUUGGGAAAAUCAUGAGAAACUAAGUCUAUCUUAAAGCCGCCUGUCUGAAGCUUCCUGUGCAUUGCUCUGUGCUUCCACUCCUAAGGGCCCUGUGGUAUACAGGCAUGUAGUUUCUUCAGUUCAUUAGAAGCCAUGCAUGUCUUAAGCCCCUGCCAAAGAUAGAUCUUUGUCACUAAAUGUUGUAGACAAAGAAAUUUGGGGGAAAAAAUUUGUUGAGUAACGGUC